AACCUCUUCUGGGACUAACCUCAUGAAGAACAAGGGAGCCAAACAGAAACUCAAGAGGAAGGGAGCCGCAAGCGCGUUCGGCUGCGACCUGACGGAGUAUCUGGAGAGCUCUGGGCAGGACGUCCCCUACGUGCUGAAGAGCUGUGCGGAGUUCAUUGAGACUCAUGGCAUUGUGGAUGGGAUCUACCGGCUCUCAGGAGUGACAUCCAACAUACAAAAGCUGAGACAAGAGUUUGUGUCUGACCAAUGCCCGGAUUUGACAAGGGAAGUUUACCUCCAGGACAUCCACUGCGUGGGGUCACUCUGCAAGCUCUACUUCAGGGAACUGCCCAACCCUCUCCUCACUUAUGAGCUCUACAAGAAAUUCACGGAAGCAGUAUCACGCUUCCCUGAGGAUGAGCAGUUGGCACGAAUUCAAAAUGUCAUCCAGGAGCUCCCACCAUCACAUUAUAGAACGCUGGAAUACCUGAUCAAGCACCUGACUCACCUGGCUUCCUUCAGCAGCAUGACCAACAUGCAUACAAGAAACCUCGCCUUGGUGUGGGCUCCCAAUCUCCUCAGGUCAAAGGAGAUUGAAGCAGUUGGCUGCAAUGGGGAUGCAGCUUUCCUGGAGGUGCGAGUGCAGCAGUUGGUGAUUGAGUUCAUCCUGAAUCAUGUGGAUCAGAUCUUCACCAACAACAGAAAAGACAGCUCUGCAGAGAACAUCGAGAGCACAUUGGUUGCAAAAAGUCUGACCCUUCCCUCGGCCUCCCUGCCGAUGAAGCUGGUGAGCCUGGAAGAAGCUCAGGCAAGGAGCCUGUCUGCCUCCCACCCUGCUCGGAAGGAGAGGAGAGAGAACAGCUUGCCUGAAAUUGUCCCGGUAACUGGCUCCCUCUUCCACACGGUUGUUGACCUCCCUGACAGCAAGAGAAAAUUAUCUACCAAGUCCAAGAAAUGGAAGUCAAUAUUUAACUUGGGCCGUUCUGGCUCAGAAUCAAAGUCUAAACUGAGUCGAAAUGGGAGCGUCUUUGUGAGGGCACAGAAACUCUCUGAAAAAGCAACUAUUCGGCCUGCAAAGAGCAUGGACUCGCUGUGUUCCCUGCCAGUGGAAGGGGAGGAUGAAAAGAGGAGAUUCAAACGGACAGUGACUACUGGAGGUUUUUUCGUUCCUGUGGUGAAGAUACGGACAGGAGGCACAGGCAGCUCAUACGACCUCAGCAAGGAGAAUGAGUGGGAGAGGGAAGGAUCUGCCAUGGCGGGCAAAGGAAGCUCCGAGCUGACUGGGGAGAAAGGUCUUGCCCGGACACUGCAGGCAAAGUCACCCCCUGAGCAGCUGAAGGUUUUCCGAGUAGCAGAGGAUGCCGAAAAUGAUCAGAUUUCCCCCAAAGGUGGUCGCAUGUUCUACACUUCUGAAACAGCUGCCAAGUCAGGCUUCCCAAGCAGCCUCUUUCCCUUGGAAGCUUCCCCUCGUCACCAGAGGAAAGCCCUGAACAUCUCAGAGCCUUUUGCUGUCUCUGUUCCUCUGCGGGUAUCUGCAGUCAUCAGCACCAACAGCAUGCCCUGCCGUGUGCCAGCCAAGGAGAAGCUUUCCCUUUCCAGCCUGGAGGAGCUGUCAUCCCUGGUGGCUGAGAGCACCAGCUCCUCUGCCGUGGAAGUAGGGACUCACACUAGGACAGAGCAGGUGCCAGAGCAAAAGGAAAGACAGCCAGGGCCCACCCUGCCAGCAGCAACAUCCAGAGGCUCUCACACUGAGGAGCUGGUGUCAGACAGAAAACCUGAAUCCUUAGAGAGUCCACAGCCAGCAGCAGAAAAUCAGGAGACAUUAAAUGGGCAAAGCAGCUGCACAAGCAACGCCAGCAGCCCCCAGCAAUCCUCAGAGCAGAGCCCUACCUUGGAGAAAACAACAGCUUCAGAGGCUCAGACAGGGCUGCUCCCUGCAAACGAGGCGGAGCAAGGACAGCUCAAGACAAAGGAUGUCUCCUCAGAAGGUGGCUGUGGACAGCAGGAGACUGAGCCAGCAAAGACAAAAGAAGGGUCAUGCUUAAGAGAUGUGACUGAGGAGGACCCUGCAAAUGCCUUUCUAGAACCAUUGUGGCCAGAGAUACAGCAGGAACUGAAAAUCAUUGAACCUGAAGAAGAACUCUCACUCUUGCCAACAGCUGUCCCUAGGAUGGGCCUAAUUUCUGAGUCCUCUUCUUCAGUGCAAACAGGUAGUUCAUCCUCUGGACCAGAGCAGAGUCCAACACUGUUGGAGCAGAAAUCUGCAAGCAAAACACCACAGAUAACAACUCAGGUGCCUUCAUUUGGUGCCACCAGCAUGGAAAGACAGAACAGCCUCCAUAACUCUCAGUCUGAUGUGGUUGCACAGCAGAGCUGUGCUUCAGCCCUGCCUAGAGCAGGCCCUCUUCUUAGUGGCACAGCUGCAGCAAAGAGCCACCAUCCUGUGGUGAACAGCUGGAGUGAAUGUCUCGCUCCUCCCCUGGACUGGAAGCUUACUGGUCAAUCAGAAUUUAAUGAUGUUGUCCCAAGUGAAGAAUUUUCCUGUUCCAAAGAAGCAUGUCCAGAUUCAGGGAGAGGAAGAGAUAGGAUCUGCCAGUUGCAGGAAAAAGAUGGCCUUUCCAAAGUCCAGACUCAGGGGGAAAAGCCUGAAAUAAUGACCGAUGAUGAAAGGGACACAUUCUCCUCCAAAGCACUGAGUGGAGCUGGAAUCCAGGAGCUGAAGGAGGGCAAUGCUGUUGUCAGAACCCAUGAUGUUGGUGACCAGGAUGAUGAGGAUACAUGGACAGAUAAUGUGCAGAGCUUAGAACUUGUGGAGCCCUGGGAGGAUCACCAGUGGGUUACGAGCCCGCUCCAUUCCCCCACGCUUAAGGACAUUCAGGAGAAGGUAAUGCAGGGCUUUCAGCCACAGAGCCAGAGGGCAGAGACAGGCUUUCCUCUUAGACCACGCUUCAGUCGCAGCCUCUCCCUGGACAGUAAAGACACAGUGAUGAGCCUAUGGACUAUCCCAUUCUCUUUCAUAGAUGCCACUGACCAGCUGCAACCAUGCAGUGACAUUGUGCCGGUGACUCGUGAGCUGCCCAAAACACAACCCAUUUCCCCCUCUGCUCUGUGCAAAGCUAAGCAAGAUGAGAAUGACACAAAUCCUCCAGAAGAACCUUUGAAACCUGAGGAGCUGAGGUGUCCCCUCAGUAGAGAGGAAGCACCAGCUGAGAAAGAAAGGCCCUCCAGAAUCUCUCUUCCAGAGCCAGAGGAAAAGAAAGUGGGUGUGAGUGGAGAAAAUGCUUGGAGCUCAAAGCCUGAGCUGUCUGUACAACACAAAAACAGCCCAGGAAGUUUUUCACAGGCGAAGAAUACCAAGGAGGAGUUAUCCAUAUCUCAGGACACUGUCCAGGAAGGAGAGACUGUGGCCAAAGCAUCGUGCUCUGCCACUGAGCCACAGCUGAGCCAUAAAAGUGAAGAAACGCCUCGCAAGCUGAAGACUAGGCCAUCAUCCCUCAACUUGGAUUCACUCCUUCCAGCCCCAGAUUUCUUCACAUUUGAUAGCCUGUCUAAGCCCACUGCUCCUGGGAACCUCCUGUAUGGACAGAAAGAAGUAAAGUGCAGUGAUUCUGUUCCAUCUCUGCCAACUGCCUGCCCUGCUGCCCAUAGAGGCGUUCCCUGGGCAUCCCAUUUCAAUGACCACAUGGAUCUAGACUUGGACUAUCUGGCAGUGGCCCAUGCUGCCACCGGCCGUCGUAACUCUGCUCCUGUCAGUGUGUCAGCAGUUAGGACCUCCUUUAUGAUCAAGAUGUGCCAGGCUAGAGCAGUGCCUGUGAUACCACCCAAGAUUCAGUACACCCAGAUCCCUCAGCCUCUGCAGGCUCAGAAUGCCACUCCACCAGCUGAGAAGAAGGAAGCAGAAGCCAAGCAAGCUAUCAGGCAGACUCAGCGGGUGGCAUGGAGUCACCUGGAGGCCCCCAAGAGCCCUCUGACAGAGAAGAAAACUAAGGCAGAGAAAGAAAACAGUGACCCAGCUCAAAAGGACUCAUCCUGUUCUUGGCACAGCAGCCUUGGCUCUCCACUGGAGCCUUCUCAGACGGGUCAUCACCCUGCUUUGGAUGCCCCAGUUCUGCGCCGAAAACGCACCUCUGAGGGGGAGACAGCUGGAGAUAACCCACAGUCCUCAAAGAUGGAGAGGCCAUCAGGGUUCUCCAAGCCUUCCUACAGAUCUAGGCCCGGGAGGCCCCAGAGUCUGAUUCUCUUCAGUCCCCCUUUCCCCAUUAUAGACCAUCCCUCCUCUUCAGCAGACUCUAGGGUGAUGUUGUCACCCAUAAGAAGCCCCACCCAGACCACCUCCUCGAGUCCCAUUUGUGGCGACCUGUCCGAGACUUCACGGACGACGCCUGAGGGGGUGACACUGCGGAACAAAAUGACCAUCCCCAAGAAUGGUCAGAGACUGGAGACUUCUACCAGCUGCUUUUACCAGCCUCAGAGGCGCUCUGUGAUUCUGGAUGGACGGAGUGGGAGGCAGAUCGAAUAGCAACUGCUUCUUUUGCUCCUUUUCUGUGGUUGACGGCACAGGAGUGUCCAAGACCAAUUCUGUUGCCAUUUUGCUAUAGUUUCGUGCAAGAUGGACCCCAAUCUUUUCAGUUCCCUGCAAAGCAUUUUGUUAUGGAUGGUCAUAGUCUUUUUGUCUUGCUUUUCCUUCUCUUUCUCACCCCUUCUUACUCCCUCAGUGCCUACUUUUUUUUCUCUUUUUAAAGCCAGUCCCAGGGAACCUACAUUUUUUCCCCAUGUUUAUUGUGAAUGAGCCCUGUGAAAGUCUCAUCUUCUCUAUGGAUAAAAAAAGGAAAAAUAAAUCUGGCUAUAAAUAGAUAAGAGGUGUGUAAGGAAACACUGUGCCAAAGCACUGCAGCCCAGAGUGCAGGGGCACAAUGCCAGCUGACAGAGUUAAGUCUAGAUGUUUGGAGUCUCUCUCCAUUUCUUCCCAGUCUCCAGUGAAGAACCAAGCCUACCCAUCUCCAUUGUCUGAUUUAGGCAGUGUAAACAAGCAGUGCAGGAGGAUGGAGAUAGCUGAAGAGGAAGAUAAUUCUGGCAUGAGCAAGACACACAAGGUGUGACACACUCAAGGGUGUUCCAGUAACAAACAUAAAGCCCAAAGGCGCUGCCUCCAGCUCUUGUCCUUGCAUCAAAGAUGAGCUCUUUCCAGCAUGCACAAGGCCUGGAACAGAAGUCACUGGGCAGGAAACGCCUAGAUGUUCUUCUGAUCUUCCAAGUCCUGCUCAUGAGUUUGUUGCACUCAGCAGACAAGAUCUGUGUGCAGCUGGCUGUCCAGUGGUAGAGACUUCUUAGGCCACUACCAAUGAAAGCAAAGAUGCAGUUGUAACAAGGGCUGCUAUCAACUGUUUUCACCAGCUGACACCCCUGCAACUAUCUCCAACUGUGCUCCAUGCUACCAACAGCAGAGAAAAGCAUGAGGAACUUCUGAUCUGCAUGUCCUUAGGCUAUUUUCUCAAACUCUGACUGUGUGGCAUAGCCCCAGGUGCUUCUUCUUUUAAAUGUCCUCUCCUUGUGAUUUUACACUAUUUGUUUGAGGGCAGGACUGGUUGUCACCUCCUUGGUCUGCAGUGCUUUCUGAUCGAUUAAGAGUGUGGCAAAGAAGGUGAUGGUGGGACUGCAGGACAGAUCAUUACAGGAUCACAGGAUUUUACAGGUUGGAAGGGUCACAAGGAGAUCAUCAAAUCCAACCCCCUGCCAGAGCAGGACCACACAAUCUAGCACAGAUCACAGAGGUAUGCAUCCAGACAGACCUCGAAAGUCUCCAGGGAAGGAGGCUCCACAACCUCUCUGGGCAGCCUGUUCCAGUGCUCUGGGACCCUUACAGGAAAGAAGUUCCUCCUUACGUUGAGGCGGAACCUCUUUUGCUGCAACCUGCACCUGUUGCUCCUUGUCCUAUCCCAGGGAGCAAGUGAGCAGAGCCUGUCCCCCCACUCCUGAUCAGACCUCAGAUGUUAUAAACACUGUUUAAACCUCGCCUCAGUCUUCUCUUCUC